CCGUUGCCCGCAGUGCCGGCCUCGUCCGGGCCCAGAUGCGAGCCGGAUGGAGACGCCUCCGGGGGACCCUCGACGGCACCGCCUGCUGCUGGCGAAGGAGGAGACGGCGGCGGAGGGCGAGCCCCUCCUAGUGGCAGAAUUGAGGCCUGGGCAGCCUCAGCCGUUCUACUGGAAAUCGACUUGCGAGACAUGGAGUGUGGCCUUCUCCCCAGAUGGCGCUUGGUUCGCUUGGUCUCGAGGCCACUGUGUGGUCAAGCUGCUCCCUUGGCCUUUGGAAGAGUCCGAGCAGAGCUGCAAAGCCUUGGAGCGCAAAAACCACUGUGCUAAAAGCGAAGCCAAGGGGCAAGGAGGGGCAAAGGAGAAGAUGCUGGAAUGUGGUCAGAUUGUCUGGGGACUGGCGUUUAGCCCGUGGCUUUCUCCUGGCACCAGAAAACAUGCUUUGCGGAUACCAGGGGCUUCCUCCUUGGUUCUUGCCACAGGGUUGAAAGAUGGACAGAUUAAAGUCUGGCAGGUGGAGACAGGGCAUUUGCUGUUCAUCCUCUCAGGGCACCUGGAUGUUGUGAGGGACCUGAGCUUUGCACCUGGGGAGAGCUGCUCUAUCCUCGUCUCUGCUUCCCGAGACAAGACCCUCCGUGUUUGGGACCUGAGCCAGAAUGGAAAGCAACUCCAGGUGCUGUCUGGCCAUGUGCAGUGGGUCUACUGCUGCUGCAUCUCCCCCGACGGCCAGAUGUUGUGUUCGGCGGCUGGAGAGAAAUCGGCACUCCUGUGGAGUAUGCACUCCUACCUCCUCCUGCGGAAGCUGGAAGGGCAUCAGGGCUGCGUCGUGUCUUGCGAGUUCUCUCCAGACUCAGCUCUUCUUGCAACUGCCUCCUAUGAUGCCUCUGUGAUUCUCUGGGACCCCUACACAGGGGAGCAACUGAGAUCCCUCUGCCACAUUCCAUUGCAGCCAUCCCUGGAGCACAGCAGUGACUACCACGCCAGCUCCUUGAGGUCUGUGUGCUUCUCCCCCGAAGGCCUUUACCUUGCAACAGUGGCAGAUGACAGGCUGCUGAGGAUCUGGGCCUUGGAGUUAGGGAGCCCAGUUUCCUUUGCCCCGGUGAAAAACGGACUUUGCUGCACUUACUUCCCACAUGGUGGAAUCAUUGCUACAGGGACAAGGGAUGGCCAUGUCCAAUUUUGGACUGCACCUCAGGCCCUCUCCUCCCUCAAGCACCUGUGCCGUAAAUCCAUCCGCCGCUUCCUGACGACUUACCAGGUUCUAGUACUGCCCAUUCCCCAAAAGGUGAAAGAGUUCCUCACCUACCGGACUUUGUGAAGUUGCUAUUUGAACUGCAGCUAGGAGUUGAACCUUGCAGCGUGUUGGGUUCCUUUUAGCCAAGGAGAGGCGGCUGCAGCCGAGAGACUCCAUGUUUGGCAAGAUGGAAAAAGAGAGGGGUUUUAUUUUUCUUGGAUGGGGUUGAAGGGCAAGGGGAUAAUGCCGACAAAGA